ACCGUCGGCCGCCUCACAAGUGCGCCGAUCGACCGCAAUGCGGCGACCGCAGUCGAAGCCACCGACCACGGAGGUGUCCUGCCGGCGGGAACGUCGGGAACUGCGGCUGGAGGCGCAGUAGCGGCAGCAGUACCUGGACGUGACCAAGCAGCCCACGGAAGGGACGCGACAAACGUUCCCUCUCUCCUCCAAAAGAUAUUCUCCCGUGUGAUCUGGCCUUUCCAUUUAAGAUCGGCUACCACGAAAGAAAAAGUACCGCCAAGUCGGAGUGCAAGCACUGGGUAUUCUACCUUUACGGUUUACGACCCUAGAAGCCGAUCCGCAGCGGCAUUGACUAGCACGGACACCCGCAGAAACCACACACGGCGGAAGACGGGAUGCGUCGUCGGCAUACUCUCUUGCGUCCUGCUGGCGUUGAUGCUGGUCGUCGGGAUCGUCAAGAUCGCGUUGUCCCCUUCAUCUGCAGCCUCCAAGCACUGCGUGGCGCACGCCUGCCGAGCCUAUUCCCGCCAACUCAUCUCAUCCAUCAACCAAUCGGUGGACCCAUGCGUCCACUUCACUCGCUUCGUCUGCGACGGCUGGCAGGGGCACCAUAACCUGCACGUCUGGGAAAGGCGCUUUCUGCACUUCAUCAACCGCCUGGACGCCAGGCUGAAAAGCAUCGACGUCCCUGCAGCACGACAGAACGAAGAACAGCGGGCGGCCGCCGUGUACCGCAGCUGCGACAACGUGUACAGUGGCAAAAGCGACGAGUUGCCCGCAGUCAAAGCCGCGCUGGCUCUUGCAGGCAUCGUCUGGCCGCAGCCGUCCCGAGGGGCGGACGCUCUGUUCGCGUUGCUCUACAGUUCCCUCAAGCUGGGCUGGGACGCCGUCGCGAACUUCCGCGUUGCCCCACGUUCCGGCGAGACGGUGGACGUACUGGUCAUCAGUCAAGGCACAUCUUUUGGCCUGUUGCGCGAGUGGUUCGCGCAAGAAAGAGCGACGGCCGUUCGGCGGGCCUACUACGAAUAUAUUAGGAGCCAGUUUACCGGAGGCAAUGACACGAGAUUCGACGACGAGGUGUCGUACGAGUCCGUGUGGGACAUCGCAGCCCCGGCAACGGACGCCCUCGGGCCUUUCUUUGGUUUAUCCGAAGCGGCGCCCCAACCUGCCAACUGGUUCGCGAACUCAUACGGUGCGAAUCUCACGGAAGCGCGCUGGAUAGAAGCCCUCCGCCGAGUCAACAUCACCCUGCCUGGCGGCUUGCGAAUAUCGGCCGAUAACCGUGCCUUCCUCGAAACGCUAUUCGGCAUGUGGUCGUACUAUGGCGAAGACAAUUUCCACCUGUUCGUCUCGUGGUACACGGUACAGCUGGCCGCCCUUUAUGCGAACAGGGGCCUCAUACUGAACUACUACAGAGAGAUUCCCAACAGGGCGACACUGUACUACAAAGCCUUCUGCGUCAGCAGGGCCGUCUUCUUUUCGCAAGCAAUCAUCGCGAGAUACAGUGGCGACGUCCUCAAGGGUAGCGCAGCCGUAGUCGCGAAAGAAAUAGCGCUGUCCGUGCGUCUGGCCUUUUCACAUCGUCUUUCCAACUGGCCUUACUACAACGAAAACGUAACGGUGGUCGCGAACUGGAGCUCGUUGGAGUCUGCCUUCCGCAACAUUGAAUAUGACAGCGAAGGAAGAACUGACGGUGUAGCGAGGGACGACAUGCCGGACAUGACCGAUUCUUUUGUGGUGAACUGGCAGCAUUCGGUGCGCUUGCAUAAGACACAGCAAACGGUGGUACUGGCGUACGCGAUCCGGCUUCUGUGGUCGUACUUCUGGCUUUGGGGAGAUAAUGAUAUUCAAAUGACGCCGUACAUACUGGCCUUCCCGUUUUUCGACCCGAAUCUACCCACUGCUGUUAACUUCGGAGGCUUCGGAAGCGAAGUGGCGACCGCCCUGGGAUCCCUCUCUAUCGAAUCUUACAGGGCAUACAGCAACGCGACUGAUGACCUCUUCAGCUGCUUGAAGUGGGGGCGAUCGGACAAGAAUGACUACUCCGAAACAGCUGUGAGCGGCGUGCUCGGCUACAGGGCCCUUGUCGACGCUUACAGGCGAGCCGCUCCCACUACUUUAGCCCUCAAGCAACUCGAGCAUUACAGCGACAUGCAACUUCUUUUCAUGUCGUCGUGUUUUCUUAUGUGUCCCGGACGUGGCAGAGGAAAGCAAAAUGAAUGUGAUUUGCUCGCACAGCACGUUCCCGAGUUUGCAGAAACCUUUAAGUGCAGCCAGGAGGCCAUCGUAAACACAACUGAGCACUGUCAACUGCUCUAGAAAACUGUUGGCACAAGAAUGUGUCCGAUGUACUUGCUUUAUUGCAGUGAUACUCACGUGACGAUAAGUUUUGUGUCGAACACUUAAGGCUUGUCAAUUCUCUCUUUGUUACAGGACCUCUAUGUGAUCGCAUGGCACCCAAACACUGUGAACAUUGUGAAUUUGCAUUCAUUGCGAACUUCCCUAUUCGCGCUCCUGAGGCAAUUGUACUUUCGUUCUCUCAGUUCUUAUGCUUUUGUGAAGCAGGAGGGAAAAUUGGAGAUUAAGGACGCUUCCUUUCCUUUUUCAGUGACAUCCACGCAGAUAUUCGUUGAGAAAAGACUGACACGUGCUAUGCCAUCGGGCUUUAUGCUUGGCUAUGCCUGCUUUCUGUGUAUUUGUCUUGAUUAGAUUAUUUCGCCGUGCGUGAGCAUGCUCUCAUCUUCGUGUUGAGUAAAUUAAUCAGUUAUCUUCGCCUUUUUU